UCCUUCAACAACAACAGCUAGUCAGACACCUCGGUAGCUUUCUAGCAAACAUAGCUACAACAUUCACGUUCUUUACACUGUUUUGGUGUAUAUUAGUCGCUCUGUAUUAAACAUAGUUCUCUCGUAUGUACUUGUUGGCCUAUGCAAUUAUAUAUUUACGUUGUUUGUCAGCUAGCUGGUUUGCUAAGUUAGCUUAGAACUAGGCUAGUCGCUAAUGCUAGCUAGCUAACAUCCCCGACCAUGAGCUCACUAAGCUACUCUCCUCCUGAUAAAGAAGAUGAGGUCUGCUGGACGGAGAAAGAAACUCUCGUGGAAGAGGAGACUGUUUCAAUACAAAAACAAGUAGAGGGUGAGGCUGUUACCGUGAAAGAAGAAGAGAAAGACGUUUCAGUGAAAGAAGAGGAAGACGCGUUCAGAGUGAAAGAGGAGGAGGAUGUUAUAGUAAAAGAAGAGGAUGAUUCCGUUUCUGGAGUGAAAGAGGAGGAGGGGGAGAUGACUGUCACAUUGGAGGAAGAAGAGGAGGUUGGAGAUAUGUUCAACACCAGAGAGAGACGUGACGAUCUUGCAUCCUCUUGGGAGCCUCAACAACCUCAUGAUACUGACGAGGCAGAGAAGAGUCUCUCCAGUUCAGAACAUCUCAAUAAACACCAGCAGAGAUCCACAGGGAAGAAAUCUCACCACUGCUCUCACUGUGGGAAAAGUUGCAAAUCUUCAUCAGAACUUAAAAUACACCUGAGAAUUCACACAGGAGAGAAACCUUUUGCCUGUGAUCAAUGUGGGAAGAGUUUUACUCGGCUACAAACCCUGAAAUCACACCAGAGAAUACACACUGGAGAGAAACCUUAUAGCUGUAAUCAAUGUGGGAAGAGUUUUACUACAUCUAGUUAUCUAACUAUACACCAAAGGACACACACAGGAGAGAAACCAUAUAGCUGUGAUCAUUGUGGGAAAAGUUUUACUACAUCUAGUUAUCUAACUAUACACCAAAGGACACACACAGGAGAGAAACCAUAUAGCUGUGAUCAUUGUGGGAAGAGUUUUACUCAGCCAGACAGCCUGAUAUUACACCAGAGAACACACACAGGAGAGAAACCUUAUAGCUGUGAUCAAUGUGGGAAGAGUUUUUCUACAUCUAGCAUUCUCACUAUACACCAGAGAACACACACAGGUGAGAAACCAUAUAGCUGUACUCAAUGUGGGAAGAGUUUUUCUACAUCUAGCUAUCUCACUAUACACCAGAGAACACACACAGGAGAGAAACCAUAUAGCUGUCAAUGUGGGAAGAGUUUUACUCAGCUGAACAGCCUGAUAGUACACCAGCGGACACACACAGGAGAGAAACCUUAUGGCUGUGAUCAAUGUGGAAAGAGUUUUGGUACAUCUGGCUGUCUGAAGACACACCAGAGAACACACACAGGAGAGAAACCUUAUAGCUGUGAACAAUGUGGGAAGAGUUUUUCUACAUCUAGCUAUCUCACUAUACACCAGAGAAUACACACAGGAGAGAAACAAUACAGCUGUAGCCAUUGUGUGACCAGAUUUGCUUGGCUAAACAGCCUAGUAUCACACCAGAGAACACACACAGGAGAGAAAUCUCAUAGCUGUGCUCAAUAGGGGAAGAAAUACUCUGAUAUAAGAUCUCUGAUUAAACAUCAGAAAAUACAUGGAGUUUUUUCAUGAUAUCAAUGAAAUAAUGUCUCAAUGUAGAAUGUUUUUAACAUUGUAGUAGGAGUAUUUUAAUGAAUGUCAGAAUGUAGAAUCCUAAACGUUUGCCUUCAGUUCUAUUGAUUUUAGCCUCAGUGGAAAAUUCCAGGUUCCGAAUUGAAAGAGUACUAUUUAUGAGAUUUAACAAAAAGUGACUAACUAAAAAAGAGUUGUUACACUUACCACGUUGGUGACCCACUAGAAUCAAAAUGAAACCCUUCAAAAUGUAGCUGGUUGUUUUCUACAAAUUGUCUUCUAACCAGUGGUGUAUAGAUUAUUCCCAGAUUCCGUGUGGUUUUUGCUGUGUUGGUUUUAACAGGAUGUGCAACCUCAUCUCCCCCCUCUCGCAUAAUUUAUUUCAAUAUGUAAUCAAUGAGUGAUGACAAAUAAGUGUUGUGUUCCUUUGUUUAGCCACCCCUACAUUUAAAUGCAUCACUCCAAAAUGUAGCUGACUGUCUUCUGCAGGUUGUCCUCUAACCAGUGAGGUAAAAGAUAUCUCCCAUUUCCAUGUGUUUUUGUUUAGUUGUGUUUGUUUCAACAGCAGGUACAACCUGAUUUCCCCCCAAAUCGAUAUCAGUGAUUUAUUGCUUCUUGUCAAAACAACAGGGUUUGUGGUGCUUGUGCAGUUAAUAAGGUGCUUGUUUAACAAAUACAAGUCAGAGAGAAUAAAGUAGGCUGCACACGUCAAACGUUGUGCAUGCCCAUAUUUGGGCAUCCUGUCAGGACAUCCUGGCGGGAACUUAUUACGUGCAUAUGCCCAUAUGUGGGCAUCCUGUUCCUGUUCUCAUGCGUUAGAGGAUGUGCUAAUUUAUGCAUAUAUUGCAUCUAUUCCUUUGAAGUUGUCAUGAUGAUUGAUGUCUAGGGACCUCUUUGAACUGGGGGGGGGGUUGAACAUUUCAAAGAGUAUGGCCCCCCCACCCCCUAUUUUGUUGACCUGUCGACCUGUUGUCUAUGAAACAGGAAUGUCCGGGGUAUUUGGUGUGGCAGACGCAUUAUAAAUGAAGCCCAGAACAAGACAUGCGGCCCCGAACACUAAACAAGAUUUUAAAAAUAAAACCCUGAAUAUUAAACAGAAAAGUAUGUCUCCUAGGCCAAUUUUCAGGGUGCUAUGCAUCUCUUGUCAUGCACCCAAUGACAAAAGCCUUGAAGUUUUGUGUGAGACUCCAGAAUGUUUUAAAGGAGUUUUGGUUACGAGUGAGGGACAUAUGUCUUACAAUAUUCCAACCUGAGGAAUCUACGGUUAAGAUAUCCACAGACAGCGGCCCCAAACCCCUUUAUCAGGAAAAACCCGAGAGUUUUUCUCCUGCGCUGCGGAUGAGAAUGGCUUAAGAAAAGGCUUGCACUCUGUCAAAUUGAACAGGCCCUGAGUGGUACAACUCUCCCCGGAUAUGCAGUGGAAGAACUGGUCUGCGGACGCAGUGAUCUGAAGGACCUAAGAAUCGCUUCAAUGGCGUAUAGCCCUGACUCCAAAGUGACAAUUUUAGCAUGUGAACAAUUUGAUAGUGCAAAUGCGACGAAAUCUGUCAGUUCAUAUGUAUUUUCCAAAGAAUUCAAGGAUGUAAACUUUUUAUGCCGGUGUUUAGCUUUAAAUGGAUUGAUUAUCCCAUAUUCAUAACCCUUAUGAAUAAGCUGGACAGUCUUUUCCAAAAUAGUGAACAAUUAUGGCGCUGGCCGCGUCUAUCCUUAAGACAUUCCCAGGAUCCACAUGCCCGACUGAUGAUCUACCCCUGGAGUGAAAACUUGCGGAGCUUUGAUGGAGCGUGCAAGAGAGCCUGUCUUGGCAUUGGUGAAUUGGAAACGGAUGCAGGUCAGGGCUAACCAAGCCCUAUAUCUGUAAGAAAGGAAUAGUCAAAUGGUUAAUUCAUUACAACAGGUUUUAAACUGUAUGUACUAAAUAUUUUGAAUUAAAUAAAUGCUUUUAAAAUUGUA